AAACUUUCCUGGCCCGCCCCCCAAAUCCAAAAACCACAUGCACCCUGCAGAUCGGACAGCGUCCCUCGGGUCCAACUUCAACCGUCCGCCGUCGUCCAUCAGCAACCACCCUCCCUCCCUUGCCUCAUCAUCCUCGCCACCAUCCCCGACCACUCGCUCUCCUCGCCCUCUCCCACCUUUGGACGCCUCUUCAACUGCCCCGUCCAUCUGUCAGCCUCCACCCACCACCCAUCCCGCCGUUUGCUGCCCAUCUGCGCGCCCGGCUUCAUCCGCAAUGGCAUCCAAAUUCCUUCGGGAAUACAAAUUGGUCGUUGUUGGAGGCGGUGGCGUGGGCAAGAGCUGCCUGACCAUUCAGUUGAUCCAGAGCCAUUUUGUCGACGAAUACGACCCUACCAUCGAAGACUCCUACCGAAAGCAAUGCGUCAUUGACGACGAGGUCGCCCUCCUCGAUGUUCUCGACACCGCUGGCCAAGAAGAGUACUCCGCCAUGCGCGAACAAUACAUGCGCACGGGCGAAGGCUUCCUCCUCGUCUACAGCAUCCAGUCGCGACAGUCCUUCCAGGAGAUCGAGACGUUUCAACAGCAAAUAUUAAGAGUCAAGGACAAGGACUACUUUCCCAUCAUCGUCGUGGGCAACAAGUGCGAUUUGGAGAACGAGCGGCAAGUGAGCACCGAAGAGGGUAAAGCACUCGCGCGGAAAUUCGGAUGCCAAUUCAUCGAAACCUCCGCCAAAUCGCGGAUAAACGUCGACAACGCCUUCUACGACAUCGUGCGGGAGAUUCGAAGAUAUAACAAGGACAUGUCAGGCUACCAAGGCGGCGCAAACCCCCGAAGGUCGCCCGAGAAGUUGGAGAUGGAUGGCGAGGAGAAAGACGCCGGAUGCUGCGGCAAGUGCGUGGUCAUGUAAUGCGAUGGCAGUGUCUCGCGAAGUCCCUCCUCCUUCGACGCGCAUGCUCGCAUUUGGUUAUGGAAAACGCGGCGACGGGGCCCGCCAUCAGUGGCGCAUGGAAGGGAGGACCGGCGACAAUGCCCCGAAAGCUGGAUUGACUGGUUGCAUGAUUGUGGCCUGGCGAGCCCGCCGCCACCACCACCAUAACAUUCAAAAGACUUUUGUUGUCAUCUUCUCGGCCCGCCUCGCGUCCAGGUCUUUCCCUUUCGUUUGCUUUGCAGAGGAGUGGGCGUCGAGCGGCGAAAACGGGGAUGGAGUACUGGAGCUGCAGGAGGUCAAGUUCUGUGCUUUCAAUUCGUCGCCUGGUCUUUUAGAUGGAAUUCUUCUUGUUGAAAUGCGGUGGCGAUUGGCGGGUGUAGCUCGCUCUGUUGAUUUCAAGUGAAAACUACUUUAUCCAUCUCGCCCGUACCUCAUCUCCUCCUUCGU